CUAAGACCAUGACUUUGAAGUCCGCUCCGCACGCACUACUCAAAAUUGACUGGAUCGACGACAGGUCGAUUUUCCCAUCCUGAUUCCCGUGUUACCGGACUAACCCAACGUCUUCAGCCAGUCACCGGCCUUUCCCGAUCGGUGAUCAGCAGGUGUCACGGUGGCCUGCUGGCCUGCUGGCCUGCUGGCCUGGUGGGCCGAGCACGGGUUGAACCGCCUUUGAGUGGCAUCAAUAAAUCAUGAGUCGGAAAAGCCAAGCUGCGGGCCCGCCCACCAAAAAGGCCCGCCCGUCCACGGACUCGUCGUCGUCCUCGUCGUCGACGACAGACAUUGAGGCGGAGCUGGAGCGGAGUCGCUUGACGGUGGAUUCGGAUGUAUCUCAAUUCGAUUUCAACGCUCAACGGGUCCGCUGGCUGCAGGGCGGGCCGCCCGAUACCCCGGCUACGCCCCGUCCCACCCCCGGAGCCGUAGUAUACUGGAUGUCGCGGGAUCAGCGGGUCCAAGACAAUUGGGCCUUGCUCUACGGGCAGAAACUGGCUUGGGCCCACGGGUGGCCGCUGCACGUGGUGUUUUGCCUGGUGCCCGGCUUUUUGGACGCCACUUUGCGCCAGUACGACUUCAUGAUUCGCGGCCUCCAGGAGGUGGAACGCGAGCUGGCGGUGCGCCAAAUCCAUUUCCAUCUGCUCCGGGGAGCGGCGGCCGAGCGGCUGCCUGCCUUUCUGGCUUCGAGGGCGGUCACGUGCUUGGUGACGGACUUCAGUCCGCUGCGGGUGCCGCGUCAAUGGGUCGAGCGAGUGCAAAAGCAGCUGGACCCGCAAUUGCCCUUCGCCCAAGUGGAUGCUCACAACGUGGUGCCCGUGUGGGUUACCUCGGAUAAACAGGAAUAUGCGGCCCGUACCAUUCGGAGCAAAAUCCACCGGAAAUUGGACGAAUUUCUGACCGAGUUUCCGCCCGUCAGCCCGCAUCCGCAUUUUCAGGCCGCUGAUUCGUCGCCCAUUGAUUGGACGGAGGUCUUUGAUUGGCUCACCGUCGAUACUUCGGUGCCACCCGUGACCAGUUUCACGCCCGGAACCCGGGCUGCGCUCCAAAAUCUGGCCCAGUUUGCUGGUCAAAGAAUUCCAUCCUAUGCUGACCGACGCAAUGAUCCCAAUGUGGCCGUUUUAUCUAAUAUCUCACCUUGGGCGCAUUUCGGACAGAUUUCCAUGCAGCGGGCGGUGCUCUAUGUGAAGAAGCAUGGCCGGAGCUCGGCGGGCGUGGCCGGAUUCGUCGAGGAGGCCAUUGUGCGCCGAGAGCUAUCCGACAAUUUCUGUUACUACCAACCCGACUACGACAAUGUGAAGGGGGCCUUUGGUUGGGCUCAAAAGACCCUGGCGGAGCAUCGAGCGGAUCCCCGGCCCUAUUUGUAUGACCGCUCGGAAUUGGAAAAGGCCCACACCCACGACGACUUGUGGAACGCGGCCCAAAUCCAAAUGGUGAAAGAGGGUAAAAUGCACGGUUUUCUCAGAAUGUAUUGGGCCAAGAAGAUCUUGGAAUGGACCCAGAGUCCCGAAGAGGCCUUGGCCACGGCCAUUUAUUUGAAUGACCGUUAUCAACUGGAUGGACGCGAUCCCAAUGGUUUCGUGGGGUGCAUGUGGUCCAUCUGCGGGAUCCAUGACCAAGGUUGGGCCGAGAGGAAGGUUUUUGGGAAAAUUCGGUACAUGAACUAUGACGGGUGCAAGCGGAAGUUUGAUAUCAAAAAGUUCAUCCUCAAAUAUGGCGCCAAAGCUCAUCCCUAUCUGAAGAAAGUCAAGAAAUAAAAGCGCGAUCCCUGUGGAAUAUGAAUCAUUUGACACAGAGGGGUGGUUCUGAUUGAGAUCAAGCCUGGUUCAGGUUAUAUUUCGAAUUACGUGCUGGUCACGAUGGUAGAAGUUAUGCAUAUGAGGCACGGAUAUCUACCGAGUACAAUCGUCGACUCACCCGUCACAUUCAAUCAUGAGGGCGAUGAUGAUGAUGCUGAUGAUGAUGAUGUCAAUACGAUGAGCGUCAAAUGCUGGGCGAAUUAUGUGGUACGUAUCAUUGGAAAAGUGACCAGAGGUUGGACCUCCUCCCUCUUUACAUUACAUCGGGGAAAAAACGAGAUUGAGUACAAAAAUGGACAUCAAACCAACAUUGGGCACAAAGAAACACCUAUUUAGUGUCAAGACAGAAACGGUGACAUUGCAUUCGUAUCACAGGGUGCGACAAUUGGCUUUCCAAGCGAGACGAUUCAUCUUGUGGGAUCGAUAGCUUCACUGGCUCGAAAUUGAUGAACACAUUGGAAUGGGUCUUUUUUUGUUUUGGUUGUUGUUGAAUUUGAGGAUUCAAUCCAUUCUUUCGGUCUGUUC